AUGCCAACCCCAAACGCCUCCAGUGCUUCAGCCAAAGGCUUCCGGCGGGCAGUAUCAGAGCUGGACUCUAAACAAGCCGAGGCCAUCAUGUCUCCACAAUUCAUAGGUAGACGUCAGAGUCUUAUUGAAGAUGCCAGAAAGGAGAGAGAAGCUGCUGCAGCUGCUGCGUCUGAAGCUGCUGAAUUAACUGAGACGAUCGUCUUUGAUGAGAAGGAUGGGAUAGCCGUGUUGAAUCUUCUGUUCACACUUAAAGGAGGGAAGACUUCACUCCCAUCGCGUGCCCUUAAAGUCUUUGAGACCUUUGAAGCCAAAAUUCAUCAUUUGGAAACAAGGCCCUGUAAGAAAGUGCAAGAAGGUUCCCCUGACCUGGAAUACUUUGUGCGAUGUGAACUCCAUUGCUCUGCGCUGAGCACAUUCAUCAGUUCCCUUAAAAGGGUGUCAGAAGAUGUAAGGAGCACCAAAGAAGACAAGUUUCAUUGGUUUCCAAGAAAAAUUUCGGAGUUAGAUCUAUGUCACCAUUUAGUUACCAAAUUUGACCCUGAUUUGGAUCUGGAUCACCCAGGAUUCUCUGACGAAGUAUAUCGUGAGCGAAGGAAAAUGAUUGCAGAAAUUGCUUUCCACUAUAAGCACGGAGACCCAAUUCCUCGAGUUGAAUACACAGAAGAGGAAAUUACCACUUGGAGGGAAGUGUAUAGUACUUUGAAGAGUCUUUAUCCCUCUCAUGCCUGCAAAGAACACCUGGAUGCUUUUCAUUUACUGGAGAGGUAUAGUGGCUAUAGUGAAAACAACAUCCCUCAGCUGGAAGAUGUCUCUUGCUUCCUGAAAGAGAGAACUGGGUUCCAACUCCGACCAGUAGCUGGCCUUCUCUCAGCUCGGGAUUUCUUAGCCAGUUUAGCCUUCAGGGUGUUUCAGUGCACACAGUACAUCCGCCAUGCUUCUUCUCCCAUGCACUCUCCAGAGCCGGACUGCUGUCACGAACUUCUGGGGCAUGUACCAAUGUUGGCUGAUAGGACAUUUGCACAGUUCUCUCAGGACAUUGGACUUGCAUCUUUGGGUGCAACUGAUGAGGAGAUUGAAAAACUUGCAACACUUUAUUGGUUUACGGUGGAGUUUGGGCUCUGCAAGCAAAAUGGAAUCAUUAAAGCCUAUGGAGCUGGCCUCCUCUCUUCCUAUGGAGAGCUCAUACACUCUUUGUCCGAUGAACCAGAACUACGGGACUUUGACCCUGAUGUUACGGCCAUGCAACCCUAUCAAGAUCAGACCUAUCAGCCUGUUUAUUUCGUAUCAGAGAGCUUUAAUGAUGCCAAAGCUAAACUCAGGGUCUAUGCAGCACAUAUCAAGCGGCCUUUUUCUGUGAAAUAUGAUCCUUAUACCUACAGUAUUGAGCUCUUGGACCGCCCACAGAAGAUCUGCCACUCCUUGGCAAAUGUGCGUGAUGAGCUCCACUCAUUAAUUGAUGCACUCAACAUUAUCAGCUAA